CAGCACAUCUGCUCGCCGAAAUCGAGCCGCAGCACUCUCUGCUUCGAUCCCUGCCACCGGAUCGGCCUGGAACGCACCGACUCGGGAGCCAUGAUCCGUUCUGUCUUCGCCCGGACGAUGCUGCAGCGACUGCCCACACAGCUCCUUUCCGGCAGCAUCCGGUCCAGCGUCAGUGCACGCAUGGCCGGGUCUGUGGCUCCAGCGCCUAUCAGCCCUCUGGGCAAGGAACUCCGGGCGCUGAUGAGAAGAGUUCCCUUCCCAGUUGUGGUCGUGACCACCGAGCCCUCAAGCAACGAUCCGAAUGAAGCGGCCGGCCAUCGAGGCAUUACGUGCAGCUCCUUCACCUCGGUCUCGCUCUCGCCAGCGAUUGUCUCGUUCAGCAUCCGCGUGCCGUCACAGACGUCGGCCAUCUUGAAGCGAUCCAACAACUUUGUCGUCAAUGUCCUCUCCAAGGAGCAGGUGUCUCAUGCCCUCACGUUCUCGUCGCCGUCGACCCAGAGCGACUUUGCGCCAUUCCCGCACUACUUUGAAUCAGACCGCAACCUGAUCCUGAUGGGCUGCCUGGGAUCGCUCGUGUGCAAGUCGUUCACCUCCCAGGUCGUGGGCGACCAUGAAGUGUGGUAUGGGGAAGUCGUCAAGGUCAUUCCUGGAGUCGGCGGCGUCCGAGACCUCGACUGCAAGGGCGAUCCGCUGCUGCAUUACGAGGGCUCGUUUCGCAGCGUCGGCGACGAGGUCUUUAUGAGAGCAUUCGAGGAGGGCUGGCUAUCGUUCAACGAGUGGACACACCGGGCCCAUCUCAGGAUGGCAUGGAUCUAUCUCCAAGAAGCAGAGAGCAAGAAUGACGCUUAUCCACUCAUUCGAGAGGGCAUCCAAAAGUACAACGCUGCCAACCAGCAUCUCAUCACGCACGGCUACAACGACACCAUCACGCAGUUCUACGUCGACAUGCUUCAUUUGAUCAUCAGCGCCGAGCGCACACAAGACGACGGUCAAUCCCGCUCGGCUACCACGAGGGCUACCCAGGAAGACUUUCUCGACUUCCUGAAGCGAUAUCCGUUCCUGGAGGACCAGGGUUACAUCGGCAGGUUCUAUUCCAAAGAGCACAUCCGCAGCGCCAAGGCCAAACGCAGGUAAGCCGUGCUGGUGCGGAUGUGAACGCCGUUCCAUGGAUGGCUGGAGGACAAGCAUCAUCGACCCAAGUCGACGGAAGCGACCUGCUCGGCGUAGACUGAUCGAUGGUCUUGAUUUGUGGCUGCGUAUGUCUCCAUGUCGACCGAUGCUCCCAUCCCUUUUCCUCCAUGUCCACCACGUUCGUUUGUCCUUGCCGUCCAGCCGCGUCGCUCCCGAUAUCCGACCACUGCCUCGCUCUGUCGCCGAGGCCGCCGCUAUCGCCAAGGAGAUUGAAUAGAUUGUUUGCGUUGAUGCAGUCUGC